AUGGAAGACCGAGCCCGGAAGGGAAGCACCACCCAGCCGGGACCACAAGUGUCAGCCUCACAAGUGUCAGGCGGGAGCCAGCGCGCAGCCCUUCCAGCUCCACCUCCCCCGGGCCCUCUCACGGUCACCCCGAGAUCGCCAGACUCCACGUUCAAAGGCAGGAGGUCCGCAUUUGGAGAGGUCCCUCCCCGCGGGAACCCCACCCCUUCCCACCUCCUCGCCCCACUCUUUUCUCUGCGCCCGUCAGUCUCUCCAUCCCCCUCCCGCGUCGCUCUCUCUCCCUCCCCUCGCUUUCAUCCUCCUAUCAUCCCCACCUCUCCAACCUCCGCUCUCAUCCCCCCCCCUCCCCUGCGCUCCCCGCCCCACCCCUGGGAAGCCCCUCCCGUCGGGCAGCGCCGCCUUUAUAAGCCGGUUCCCAGGCCGGGGGCGGCAGCGGCUGGUCGGCGGCAGCUCAGGGGCGCGGGGGCGGCAGCCGAGAAGCAGGAUCGCGGCCGGAGCCAGCGGCCACCGCCCGCACCGCACCACACCGCACCGCCCUUCCGCCCUCCGGACGGCCGCAGCCCUGCGGGUUCCCGCCGCGGCCCCCCGCCGCACCCCGCGCGCCGCCGCCGCGCCAGGUUCCGGCCGCGGUUCCCUUCCGCCGUCCAGGGCCCUCCCGUCCCGGCUACGGGACCUCGGCUCCUCGCCAGCCCCGGCCCCGGCACCAUGUCGGAGAAGAGCGUAGAGGCAGCGGCCGAGCUGAGCGCCAAGGACCUGAAGGAAAAGAAAGAGAAGGUGGAGGAGAAGGCCAGUCGGAAAGAGCGCAAGAAAGAAGCAGUGGAGGAGGAAGAGAACGGAGCUGAGGAGGAGGAAGAAGAAACUGCAGAGGAUGGAGAGGAGGAGGAUGAAGGGGAGGAAGAAGAUGAGGAAGAAGAAGAAGAUGACGAUGAAGGGCCGGCGCUGAAGAGGGCCGCUGAAGAGGAGGAUGAAGCGGAUCCCAAGCGGCAGAAGACAGAGAAUGGGGCUUCAGCAUGAACCCCCUGCCCACGGGGCUGGGGGCAGGCCUGGAAGUAGGGGUGCAAGGAGAUGAGGCCGCCUGUCUUCGUUGGGCUGCCUGCUCUGGGCUCUGUACCAGAGCUGCCCCCUCGUCCCCAGCCUUCUCCUGCCUUCUUUCUGCUGCCCCAGACACUGCCCCUCUGUCCUCACUGCCAUCGCCCCACCUCCAGACCUGAUCUUCUGAGCUCCCCAGCUGGUCCCCAGCCUCCCCUUUCUGCCUCCUGUCCUGGUUCUCAUCCGCCACCACCCACAUCCAGCCAAUCCCAGCCCCCUCCUCCACAGCCUGUCCUCUCCCAUCUCUGUACCCCAGCCUCAGAGCCCUCUUGCCCUCCCUCCCUGUCCCUGGGUGUCCCACAGGUCCCCUUCUCUCAAACAGCGCCCGGCCAGGGUGGGGCCAGGGCUGGGGCCGAGCCCCGCAGCCUCCCCCCUCCUCUCCCCUUUUUGUAUAAUUUAAUAAAGAAAUGGUCGCGCUUCUGUUUUUAA